ACGAUUAUAAUAAAUUAUUUAUAGAAUAGAAAAAUAUCUUUGUUUAAAUUAAAACUCGCUAUUUUUGCCUUGAGGGGAUCCUUGCCAGUAUCAAGCCCUGCAAGUCCCAAUCUUCCAUCGGCUUUCUGCGGGGAGAGAGAGAAUGAUGGAGGGUUCGGCGGCAGUGUGGCAAGGAGCAGCUCUCGGGGGAUUAUUCUUCUGGAUUGUAUCGUCGUCAUACCUCAACGUGACUUGCAGGCUUAGAUCUUUUCUUCAACCCUGGGUAAUUGACCACGUCGUGUCUGGAACCUCCAUUGUCCUUCAGAUCCAGAGUUACAGGCUUGGAAUUCUGGAUGCUUUUUUCUGUGGAUUGUCUUGCGUUGUUUCUGUUUCCUUUUACACAGCUUUUCUUCCUCUGGUAUUUUGGAGUGGACAUAGCAAAUUGGCAAGGCAACUGACGUUGCUGAUCGCGUUUUGUGAUUAUGUAGGCAAUUGUGUAAAGGAUGUGGUAUCAGCGCCAAGGCCUGCUUCUCCGCCUGUUCGGAGACUAACAGCUACAAAAGAUGAGGAAGACAAUGCGUUAGAAUAUGGCCUGCCUUCAUCUCACACGCUUAAUACAGUCUGCUUCUCUGGCUACAUUGUGCAUUAUGUCCUGACUCAUACUCAAAUUCAAGGUGCUUAUGUCAUUGUCCUGGGAAUUUUCUUUGCCAGCUUACUCGUGGCUUUCAUUGGUUUGGGAAGAAUUUAUCUUGGCAUGCACAGUUUGGUCGAUGUCAUUGGUGGUCUUCUUAUUGGACUUGGAACCCUUGCAUUUUGGCUUCACAUUGAUGAAUACCUAGACAGUUUUCUGAUCUCCGGACGAAAUGUCACGUCAUUCUGGAUUGCAUUGAGCAUACUCUUGCUCUUUGCUUACCCAACUCCCGAACUUCCAACUCCAAGCUUUGAGUUUCAUACUGCAUUCAACGGUGUUGCAUUGGGAAUUGUCGCAGGAGUACAGCAGACAUACCAUCAAUUUCACCAUGAAUAUGUACCUCGUGUGUUCUCUCCUGAACUCGCAAUCACGAUACCUGGAUUUAUAGGAAGAAUGCUUGUCGGAAUACCAACAAUCCUGAUCGUGAAAUUCUGUAGCAAGGCUCUUGCAAAAUGGACUCUUCCUGUGGUAUCAAACACCUUGGGCAUCCCAAUAAAAUCAACGAGUUAUAUCCCAACAUUGAAAGGAUCUUUCCAGGGAAAGAAGUCUGACAAGCUCAAACAGGCUUACUUGCAAAAGCUGCUUUCCCGGUACCAGGUAUUUGAUAUUGAUACCGGAAUUAGAUUUCUUCAAUAUGCUGGUCUUGCAUGGUCUGUGGUUGACCUUGUGCCGUCGCUUUUUUCAUACCUGAACUUGUGAGCGAAGAUUUGCUUUUAGCGCAUUUCAACCACUCAUUGCAAAAUGAUCGUCUACGUAAAAUUAGUUCUAAAAUAAUAGAUGAUUCCAUUUUUUCA